AAACAACACGUCAGGUUUUGCAUUUCUUGCAAUAAUUGCAUUCUCAAGAAAUUCCAGCUGUUUUAUUUAUAAUAAAUUAAAUUGCAAUUAGUUGAUAAAAUAAAGUAAGCAUAACAUGGUGCGCUUGCGGCUAACAGUGUUAACAUUGGCAUUGUCAGUGUAUUUGUUGAACGCUGAAACGCCGGAGGAAAAAGAGGGUGUUCGAUAUGCUAAUCGCUGUGAGGCAUGUAAAAUUUUAGCAACCGAGUUGCAAGAGCGUCUCAAGGAAACAGGGAAAUCGCAUGAUGUUAUUGAGAUGGGUUAUUCACUGGACGAUGUGAAGCCGAAGAAACGCACUGAAUAUCGACGUAGUGAAUUACGUUUGCUUGAAUCGCUGGAAAAUGUUUGCGAACGUGUACUCGAAUACAAUUUGCAUAAGGAACGUAAGGAUAGUACACGCUUUGCCAAAGGUAUGUCACAAACAUUUAAAACGUUACAUGGACUUGUGGACAAGGGUGUCAAAGUGGAUUUGGGCAUACCCUACGAACUUUGGGAUAAGCCGCCAGUUGAGGUGACACAAAUGAAAACACAAUGCGAAAAUAUGGCUGAAAAUUAUGAGGACGUAAUUUCCGAUUGGUAUUUCAAUCAUCAAGAUGAAAAGUCUUUGAUUUCUUAUCUCUGUGAGGAUACAGUGUUGGCGCAAGAUGAACGGAAAUGUUUGACAGAAGCGAUACCACAGCUUGAGGAAGAUAAUGCUGAUAGUAAGGAUGCGAAGAAAAAUAGCAAGAAAGAUCAAAAGAAACCAAAAGCGAAGUUAAAAGGCGAUACAGGCAAGAUCGAUGCUAAUAAAGAGCUUUAAUGAUUUAAACACUUAGCAAGUUAUACAAUCAUUUGAAUUCUUGUUUAAUAAUGUAAUGUAAUUGUGUGAAUCUUUGCACGUUUGUGUAUAUGUACAAAUAUUGUCUGUUCCACACGACUUAUCAACAAAAUCAGGCACAGACGUAAAUUUUUUACUUCAUCAUUCAUUUAUUUCUAAGAAAAAUUGAGAUUCCUAAAGCACUGCGUUUUAUGCCAAAUAGUGAAAUAAAAGUAUUUAUAAUAAAUAAGAAAUUGCUUAAGCAAGUAUAUAUGUAA